GGCACCUGCGAAGGCUGUCGAGAACAUCCCCCGUACCUCCGAGUCCUGCAGACGCUCUGCUCCAGAGCUCCUGGGGAGGGCAGAGGGCCCCUUGGCAUCCCUGAUGGCCUCAGGGGAAGUGGAGGGGUUGUGCCGAUGCCUCUCCAUGUCCAUCCGCUGGCCGGGCUGCUCCCUAGGAAGCCAUGCUUGGAUACUUAUAGCCAUGUUUCAGCUCGCCAUGGAUCUGCCGUCGUGCGAGUCCCUGGGCCCGGGCCCCGACUUCCGGCUCCUGCCCCGGCCACCGCAGCGGCCGCCCCGGCUGUGGAGUCUGAAGAGCGGACAGGCGGCGCGCAUCCCCGUGCCCGUGUGGAGCCCGCGCCCGGCGCGCGUGGAGCGCAGCCACGGGCAGAUGCCCAGCCCGCGCGCUAAGCGGGCGCACAGACCCAGGGACCAGGUGGCCGCCCUGGUGCCCCGAGGGGGGCUCGCCAAGCCCCCGGCCGCCGCCAAAUCCAGCCCUUCCCUCGGCUCCUCCUCCUCGUCCCCGACCCCCGCGGCGGCCGGCGGGGCAGCCACGGACCAGCAGGCCCUCCUGCGGCGGGGAAAGAGGCACCUGCAGGGGGCCGCCUUCAACACCUUUGACUUCCGGGGCAGCAGGCCCACCACGGAGACGGAGUUCAUCGCCUGGGGGCCCACGGGGGAGGAGGAGGCCCCGGAGUCCAACACGUUUCCGGGGCUUUACGGCCCCACCACGGCCUCCAUCUCACAGACACGGAAGACAACUGUGGCCACCGCCACCACCACCACCACAGCCACCGUGGCCACCUCCACGACGCUGCAGACUAAGGGGGUCACGGAGCCCCUGGGCCCCAGGAAUAGGAUCCCGGUUGGGGUUAGCACAACGGAGCCUUCCACCAGUCCCAGCAGAGACGAUGGUGAAGACGUCAAGCCCCCGCGGAUCCUGGGGGAGACCUCAGGUCUGGCUGUUCAUCAGAUUAUCACCAUCACUGUCUCCCUCAUCAUGGUCAUAGCUGCUCUGAUUACAACUCUUGUCUUAAAAAACUGCUGUGCCCAAAGCGGGAACACGCGUAGGAAUAGCCACCAGCGGAAGAUCAACCAGCAGGAGGAAAGCUGCCAGAACCUGACGGACUUCACCCCUGCCCGGGUGCCCAGCAGCCUGGACAUAUUCACGGCCUAUAACGAGACCCUCCAGUGCUCCCACGAGUGUGUCCGGGCGUCUGUGCCCGUGUACACCGACGAGACGCUGCACCCGACCGGGGAGUACAAAUCCACGUUUAACGGGAACCGACCCUCUUCUUCUGAUCGACAUCUUAUUCCUGUGGCCUUUGUGUCUGAGAAAUGGUUUGAGAUCUCCUGCUGACUGGCCGAAGUCUUGUUUACCUCCUGGGGGCAGGGCAGACGCCAUGUGUCUGUUUUAUGCACAGCGGCAUCAAGCACGUUCACGACAUCAUGCAUCCAUCACCACCACCUGUCUCCAGAACCUCCUCAUCGUCCCAAACUGAAACUCUGACUCCAUGAAACACUGACCGCCCCUCAAUCCAACCCCUGGUGCCUCCUUCUCCUCUCGGGCUCUAUGCUUUUUGCUCCUCUAGGACCUCAUAUGAGUGGAGUCAUAGAAGAUUUGUCUCCACAUUCUUAGCUUUCCAAAAACUAGAAUGAAGAUAGACACACAGGAGGGACAUCUCUCUCUGUUAUAAUGGCUUCAUUUUUUAAACCCCCACCCCCACCCCAUCCUAGAAAGUGGAGGUGAGCAAGUGCAGAGCACAGCUGGAGAACAGCUGCCGAGGGUGGUGGCACCCAUCUGGUGAGAUGUCCUAUUUCUUUACACAACAUGACACCCCCCCGCCCCCCCUCCCACCGCUCACGGUGGAGUGGGCAGCCCCAUAGGAGAUGAGUAGAUGUUCUAUUCAGGCCUCCUGGACUUGCCCAAAUGUGUCGUUUGGAGGUGAGGAGGCCCCCAGGGGCCCUGCCUUCCUGUCCAGACCAGGAGGGUUCCUGGAAAGGAAAUGAACCCCCAUACCCCCUGCCCAGGCGGAGGAGACUGUGCUCAGGCUCCCGGUACAGAGGGGUCUGAGUUCCUGCAGCCUGAAGCCUAAAGAUGUGCCCCCCACCCUGCCCCAGCCUGGGUGCCCUGAAGCCCUCAUUCCCGGGGAGGAUAAUCCCACGGGCUUGACUCAGGAUGAAGAACCCUACCCCCUAGUGGGUAAUGAGCCCAGGCCGGGCACGUGAUCAGGGUCUCCCGGGGAGCUUGCAGAAACCCAUCUUCACAGUUCCCACCCUGAGGAGCAGAGGCGGGCGCAGGACCCUGUUUUCCAACGUGCUCAGCUCAGCCUAUGACUAGGAUGGGGCCAGGCUGGCCGCUGUGCCGGAAGGUGCUACGGAGAUGCCAGAGCCGCAGCCGUGUCCUUCUGUGUUUCAUUUUAGAAUUGUUGCCUCCAUUCUAGUUGUGUCACCAGCAUAGAUGAGGGUGCAGUGUCACCCCCCUUUAUGCUGUUUGCAGGUCCUCAUUUCCUGUAACUGUGGGUGCAGAGGGCUCCAAGUGACAGCAGAGAGAAACAAUGCCCCCUCCUUCCAGCAACAGCGCCUCCAGGCUGAGCCGUGACGUGCUCCAACACCCACCACCAUGCCCAGAACAGCCGUAGCUCCCUGACUCUCUGGGAGAUGCUGGCCUCUGAGAUCUGUCACGGGGGCGGGAAGACUUUGGGGUUCCUACUUUCUGAAGCUAUGCCCGGGCUGGGUAAGAGCCGCCCCUCCUUCGCAGUCAGCUAACUUGGCCUGCAGGCACAUGUGACUCACCUUCUUCCUGUUGUCAGCAAGAUCACCUCUUGGGGAGACCCAGGAUGUGGUUUUUCUGAUGCAGUCCAUGAAUCUCUCCAAGUCCCAGCCUCACUGAGCCUCCAGCUGAGCAGUGGAGUGAAAUGGACUCUGUUGCUUCCCACCAUCCAUAAAUGGAGUGGGCAGCACCUGCGUUCUUGGCGGGUAGGAGCUGGAAAGGGACUCAGCGUGGUGCUAGAUGCGCUCAGUCCCACAGGCUUGGGGUGCCUGGCACCCUCAUAGUUAAUGCAGGGGUGGUCCCAGCCCCUCUUAGGAAGCGCAGGCUCACUCCUGAUGUGGGCAGAAGAAACAGCCCCUUCAUCAAUUACUAUGAUUAGCACGAGGUCCCUGGGACUCCUCGCAUGUGCACCAAUUCCUGGUGCCCAAGGCUGGCAGACACCCUGCCUGCUUGGGGACACUGGUGUCUGUAAGCCAGCGCGCAGCCUGGGGCUUGGUUGCAGAGGCUCAGAGGGGCUGCACAGACUCAUCCUGCCCUUGGCUCCCUACUAUUUAAUCUCUUCUUGUUUUCUUUCCACACAGGAUUCCGUUGGUGAACCUGUAAAAAAAAAAAAAAAAAAAAAAAAAAAUUAAAUUAAAAAAAAAAAACAACCACACACACAAAACCUAAAACUAAACUUUCUACGGGGAGGGUCCCCAUACCUACCGCUUCAGUUUGCCGGUGGGGAGCUCAAAGAGCAGGACGCUAUAGGCCAAAUAUAUUUUUAUAAAAAUGCUCACGCCUAUGGGGGACUGCCUUCUGCCAGAGUUUUCUUUGGAGAACAGAAAGAAGAAAAGCAAGAAAGAAGCUGGAGACAGAGAAGGCCAGCAGGAAGCACCUGAAGCCUGGGAUUUGUACUGAUUCUGAACCUGUGCCAAUAAUACCAUUAUGUGCCAUGUACUGACCCGAAAGACUUGGUGACCAAGCCGAAGCCAAGCGAACCACGCGUAGAAAUCUUACAGAAAAUGGGGGGUGGGAAUCUUCCAAUAGAGUCGCUAUUUCUGGUUAAUAUACAUAUAUAAAUAUAUAAAUACACACAGACACACACACACACUUUUUUUGUACUGUAGCAAUUUUUGAAUAUCUUCAAUGUUCCUUUUUAAAAAAAUGUUAUCGGUUACAAAAUCUGAUUUAUUUAACAUGCUUAGUAUGAACAGAAUAAACUGGUGUUUUCUACUUUGGCAACAUAUCGCACACACAGGCACACACAUGCACACAUAGCCACACACAAACACGUACACGCAUAUAUAUGCAUCUAUUGGAAAUGCAGUUCCACGAGUGAGCACAUUCCUUCUGGUGACCUGGUAUCCCAUUGCCAUCCAUCCCGGGGGAUAGCCUGGACCCACGCAGACAGACCCCUCAAUGACACAUCCUGCAUUUGCUGGUAUUUGGUGAGUGGCACUAGAUGUAUCAUUUAUUAACUUGGGCCAGAAUUAAGAAUGCCAUGGUUUUAUAUACAUACAUAUAUAUAGAGAGACACAUAAAUACGAUCUUUUUUCAUUUAAUUGUUUGAAGAAGCUACCUAACAGCCACGCACACAUUUAUGUAGCCAGCUGCUUACAAAUGGGGCUGAGCGUCAGAUUGGGUGGGUGGUGGAUUCCUGACCAUCUUUGUGUUAUACAAGCAUAGACCGAAUUAAAGAAAAUUUUCCAGUUCCAAAAAUUAAAGGAAUAUAUCCUUAUAAUGUGUGUGCGUAUGUCAGAACAGAACCCAAAAAUAUACAAGGGCCCCAGUUUGUUUGAAAAGGAGGAAUCAUUCCAUGUGUGAGGGACCCAGGCUACCCCCAUGGGAGCUGUGCCGGGGCGUGUUUCACUUCUCUUCCACACACAUUGGUGGACAGGUUGCUGCUCUUUCUAGAACCCAAGCAUGAGUUUGAACCUUGAUGGUGACUGUAGCAGAGAGGCUGUGUCUCUUGCUGGUGCUAGUUGAUCAACAUUUGUGUUUUGCCAUCAAGAAUCCUACAAUGGGGCCCAGUGGAAAUAGGGACUUCAGGCUGGAGCCUUGUGGAAGGGAAUCCCAACCACACAUACUUUGUUGGAAAUACAGCAGGGGCAGGCAACUCCAUCCCAGUCCCAGCCAUAUAACAGUGCCCUGGUGCCCCAUUGUGCGGCGUGUAGGGGCACUGUAAGGGAUGGGAGGCUCCGUUGGAUCUUGUUUUCUCCUCACAGGGAGCCCAGAUUAGGUGCAUGUGGCCUGUCUUCUAUGGAUGGCCCGCAUGUGACUAUGAUUUCACCAGUAGGGUGUGCAAACCCAUCUCGUGAAAUGACCCGCAAACCAGGUCAGAAGGUUGAAGGUUAGGUGGGCAGUUAGCCUUGUGCCCACUUCUUGGCCAGGCUGGUGACCUCUUUCUUCCAUCAGACUCAGUUCCCCUCUAGUACACCUUGAAAUGUACUUCUGCACCUCCUAGCAUAUGGGGGAGCAAAGCGAUGUCAGGGGAGGAGAAGACCAUAGUGCUAGGUCUAUUUUGUUUGGAAUGGCUUACCAUCUGGGAAAGUCCGAUUCUUGGUUUUGGUUUUGGUUUUGGUAUUGUCAUUUCCCAAAGCUUCAGCACUUAUGGAAACAACACACACACCUGCCACUGGCAUCUCCUGGGGCUCACCUGCAUGACACUAGAAGGCACACGUUUCCCCAUCCAUCAUCCAUCUCAUUACCCUCAGGUGGCUGGAGGUGGCAUGGAGGCCCUCCUGACUCAGGUGGGCACAGCUUGGUGUGAGCAUGAGGCAAGAGCUGUCUGCGCCUACUAGGGCAAUGGAAGCUGCUCUCCACUCUCUGACACCCUGAGCCAGGGAGCCUGGCCGAGAAGGAGGUAAUGGCAGGGUAUCUGUUUGCUCACUAACAACAGGAACCUGGAUUCCUCAUGACACCACAAUUUGGUGUCCACACCUCUGACUGCUGCUCAACCCCUUCCUCAGACCUCGGGCUGCACUCCUGAUGCCUGAACUCUUUCCAAAAUGCCAUGUGAUGCCGAGCUUUUGAAGGAAACUUACGAUAACAAAGCCCCCCACCCCACCCCAACACACACAUAGCCCCAGCCCACUGGGCACAUGCUCAGGGCGGGGCUGGGCGCUGCACACACGCACGGCCAAGAGAUGCCUGCACAUUCCCCACCAGGAAGUCUGUUCUGAGUUGACAUCUGUCAAAACAAAUCCAACUCAGUGAAGGCUACUGUUUCAUGAUGAUGGAGGGAGUGUGUGUAGGGAUUUUAGUUUUUAAAUGGUCACCUGGAAACGUGGAAGCAUCAUCUCUAUACAAGAGGAUAGUAGAGGCAAGUGAACAGGCUUACAGAAUUCAGCUCUCCCAGGAGAACGUCUAUAAAGUGAGAUAGUACAGGAUUUCCAGAGUCAGGACCUGCGCACACACGUCCUGCAUGGUGUGUGUCCAUGUGGUUGGUGUGGCCGUGCCUCUGCAGCGGAAGGGGGGGCGGGGCAUGCUCUGCUCUGCCCACUGCUCUCCUCAGCCUCCUGCAGGCCUGCAGUGCUCCGCCAGAGUUCCAUCUGCCUGGUCUUUAAUUUGCUGUAGAUAUUUUUUCCCUCAAGAAAAGCACUCAGAGGAAGAGCCUUACAGUUUGGUAAGUCCUCCAAUUUUUGUUCAUCUCUAUUUCAUCCCUGAGGUGACUGAAAUCCAAGGUCAAGGCCCCUGCCGGCACACAGAGCACUGUCCAUCAUCUACUGUUUAAGUUUUUGGAACAACUGGGCUGGGUGUUGGGCACUCUGCUGUCCAGUCAAGUCUGUUUCUAGGCUUAAUUACUUCUAAUCUUUGUGCAUUUGUCAUUUUUAUCUGAUUGAAAUAAUGAGUAUAAUUACUUUUGUUGACAAGCUCUGAGUGCCAAGGGGAAGGGGCUCCAGGCUCGGCUGGGAAGGCUUCCUGGUCAUUCCCCACUGGGCUCGAAUUCCAGUAACAUCUAGGGCAAAGCCCAGCCAUGUGCCCACUGCAUUUGUCUCCUUGGCUACAGCCUGAUUUCACGGGGUGUGGAAGUGUAGGGACCCCUGGGGCACAUCAGAGGGCUGUUAGUCUCCACAAUCCAUGUUCUUCUUGCGUGGGAAGGACACACCACUUAGGAAGCCUUGAGUUUUCCCAAGUGUGUCUGGUCCUUCCCCAUCCUGAAUUUGGGUGGACAUCUCAUGCUGCAUUUGACUAGAUAUUUAUCUCAAUCCUUCAUGGAGCAUUUGAAACUUAGGAACAUGGACUUACCAGCAAAUCCCACCAACUCUGAAUUUGACACCUGAGAAUUCAGUAGUUACUCCCAUGACUUUGACAUCUUCGAGCACUCUUCCUUCUUACGGAUACAUUGCUCUUUCUCAGCCACAUUUCAGCACCUAGCAGAAUCUUCUGUAUAGGCUUUGGUCUUUUGAAAUUUUGUGUGAGGAUGUCCAUCCCCAUUUGUCAUAUCAAGGAAAUGCACAUAUCAGAGAAUUGACCCUUUUGCCUUGUAAGUCUCCAUUUGACUCUUAUUGUCCGAGGAGUUAUUCCAUCUUUUUUUUGCUUCUUUUCCCAGAUUGUCCAGUUUCAUCAGCAGCUCAGGAAGCUGGGCUGACCCCAGUCUCUUGGGAGAUAAGACGAGGAGCCAGGGCUGAGGUUCAGAGUCGGGACCUGCAGCCCUGUCAGGUCAGGCUGGGUCUUCCCAUAACUUACAUCAAUCCAUACCUUUCUUUGUCUGUAUUGUGACACCGUCAUCUUGUCUCAUCAAGGAGGUCCCAGCAUGAGUGAGUGUCGGCACCUCCCUGAGCUGUCCUUCCCCACAUUGCCCUGUCUCCACCCAGUCACCCCACACAUCACAGUGGGGAAGGGCACUGAGGCCACCCUUGUUUCAGCGCAUGAGCCCCUUAAGAAGACACUAUUCACAGAGGCAGUUGGAAGAGAAGCAAUUCUUUGUGGCUUGCCCGAAUUUAUCAUUCAUCUGCUCGUGCAAAGACUUGAACUUCUGUUAUGUUGGCUACAUGGUGAAGAGCAAGAUGGACACGAUCCUACCCUAAUGGGUUUUGCUUUCUACUCUGGGAGGAGGCAGAUAAUUAACAUAGAAUAAAAAAUUAAUGAUUUCCAGAGAAUGAGAUAUGUGACAGGAAGAGAAUGGGGCAAAAUGAUAGCAGGAAGAGAAGGAAGGGCUGUUUGUGUCUCCUGGGAACCGUCACUUGCUUAAGGAGGGCUGGUUUGGGGUUGAAGUGAAUAAGGAAACCUUGCUCCUACCUUCUGGAUGAAAAUGCAGUGCAAUGCUGAGGAGGAGAUGUCCCAGUCAUUACAAAUCAUCCACCUCAUUUCCCCCCAAACUCCUCACCAUUCUGGCAGGGAGUGGCCCUACAGGGGAAGCAGAGAAGCAAAAUGAUGAACUUCCCUCUUCCUUGACCACUGCCUCUCUCCAUGGACCCUUCCUGUGCACAUAUGUACAUUGCCAAGUCUUACUUAGGUCAACCAAUUCUCAAGGAAGACACAGGAGUCCAAGGACAGAGACGCAGCCCAUUGGGGACUGGGGGGCCCAGAGAGAGUCAUUCCUCCUGGUAUGAGAAGAGAAGGCAGCUGCCUUUUCCAAAGCUCACCCUCAAUACUGAUCACACUUAGCAACGUACUUCUUAAACAACAUCUGCUUUUAAGUAAGCAGAUACUCCAAAACACGCCAUGAUUCAUGUAAUUUUGGAAUGGUUAUUUUGGUGCAGUUUGUCAAUUUGCUAUGCCAUACUGUUUUUUGAUCGUUUGUUUGUUUUCCAAUGUAAAUAGCACAGCCCACAUAAAUGAGCAAAACUCUCACCAUCUGAGAGUUUUUGAUUAUUCUUCCUGACUUAUUUUACAUCGAUGUGCUUCCGGCUAUGAAGACAAACUUGCUCUUCAUCCCCUACUCUGAGCCAAGAUUUUUGUGUUAGUUACACUCAGCAUAAUUUGUGGGGUUUUGGCGAGGUCUUAAAUAGUUGUUUGACAUUUUGAAAUAUGCUGCCUGCCCUUCCUUCCAAAAAGUGUGGAGCAUGGUUGUGUAUAGUUUUGCAUUUGGGGGUUAGAGUUUCCAUUCGAUUACACUCGAAGUGGGUAAAUAGAGGUGUGGGCAGAGAAUCAUCAUUGUUUAGAUCACCCCAGUCAUCAAGCAAACAGAAGUAAACUUCUUUUUUGACCUCAGAUGAUUCUAGAACGAUCUCAACCAGCAAACACAGGAUACUCAAUUUCUAGAAUUCAAAUCAGUCACCAUGUGAGCAGACUAUCCCUGGCUGAGGAAUCAACUCUGCACAAUCUCUCCUCCUGCCAAAGGGCCAUUAGUAAUGCUUGUGCUUAAUCAGAGUAGCUGCCACACCAGAACAGACAGCCAGGCUCUGAUGUGUUUGUACAUACUCCCCUCCACUUCAUUUCACUUUGGCUGGAGGGGGUUAAACACACAGGCUGCAGCAGAGGAGAAAGCUGUGCAUGCAUUGGCACCAUGAGUGCAGAACAACCCAGGAGCAGGAGGACAGAUGCUUGUCAUGGGCUCCUUAAGGCAGUAGUGCAUGGACAGCAGGGACGUGGAGGCAAGCGGCUUCUCUCCAUGGAUUUUCAGACAUCAUGCCAGUGACAGGUCUACACUUCACCCUUGUAAUUGCACAGCCCAUGCCCAGAUGUAAAGGCAACUGAAGAGAAUAGUCAACUUGGUUAUAAUAUGUGUCUGUGUUGGAGCUGGAAUGCUAAAAUAAAUCUUUCCAUUGCAUUUCCCACUUGAUUGAUUCUUUGUCAAAUGCUCCAAGAUUUAGUGUGCAUAGAAUCAAGAGAAUAAUUUUGAAUGAAUCAAGAGACAUGGUUUAAGCUGGCCAAACUUACCCAUCUGGGACACGUAGGUUUAUGUGGGGUAGGGGUAGUUUAAACAGCUAGUAAGUAUGGGGCAGGGAUCAGUGGAUGUAUAGUCAUGUUAUGUUUUCUGUGUAGGGUAGAAUCAGAACACACACAUGUACCAUGAAUAGUGUAAAUUAAAUAGGUUAAUAUAAUAAGCGAAGAGAGUUGCUGAGACAUCCCCUGAGGCUGAGUUAACUCUUGCCAAUAUCUUGAAUCUCAGAAUAAAACAUCUGGUGAAAAACGUGUGGCGAGAAUGAUGCAGAGGAUCAGAUUUAGGAAAUUCUGUAUGAAAGUUAAUUAAUUUUUUCCCAGGUGGUCUCUUUCUUAAAAUAGAAUCCCCUGGAGACCUGGGUUUUCACACAUAAAUCAACAUCUAAAUAUCUGCAACACCAAAUAACAAAUCCCUACAAGCUUCAUUCUUAUGUGGACAUUAACUCAGCUGAUCACACUGGUUAUUCUUUAUCAGAUUUCUUAAAUUCUGCGAUAAAAUUCUUUAGUGUUGAUGCUUAUAGCUUUUGGGCUGGCACCUGUCAAUUCUUGCUAGUCUGGCUAAAUACGGCAAGUUAUUGCUUCCAGAGAAUCGGAGAGAAUAUUAGCCAUAGGAGAAGCUAGAACACUAUAUGCAGUCCUAACAUCUACUUUUUGGCACCAUGGUACUUUGUACCAUGAAGACUUAUAGCCACAAAAGUCUAGGAAAGGGGAACCCCUUGCGGACCCUCAUAUAAUGAUUUCAAAUCAUUAUACAAGGAACUGUAAAGGCAGAUAUCACUAUACCAACUUCCUGGGCCACUGUCCCAUUUCUAUGACAACCAUCUGUUCUUCACUCUUCAAUCAUUACAAGCCAAGAGGGCCAAUCUCAAAGCCAUUAUAACAUCCAACCUCGAUUUCCAAAUUCUGGGAGACCAUCAGGAGUAAGAGACAGGGGCUUUGCUGACAUUGUAAGCUGCUGAAGUCCAUGGAAGGGUGUAACAGUAAGCCCGCAGCACUGUUCUUGACCAAGUUUUGUGAAGCAGCCACUGCCACUGGAAGGGACCCUCCCCUCUGCCUCCAAGGUCUAUUUUGGGCUGGGAACUCCACUCAACAUUUUCUCUCUUAUGCAUAUAGAUUUUUAAUAUGUUAUGUGAGUACCUACUACUUAAGGUCUACAAAGCAACUAGAGCAUUUUUCUUGAUGAGUUUAUAGCAGGAAAACACAAACUUAAUGGAAGUCCCAGAGAGGAGGGGUCUAAGGUGCUCCAAGGUACUACACCAGUUCUGCAUAAAAGCACAACUCUUCUCCCAGUGAAGGGCAUUAAAAACAGGGAUGGGCAGCUGGUUUUGAAAAGUCAGCGGGCAUGGUGGAUCCCACAUUUGGUCACACACUCCUUGAACUGAACUGUCAUGACAGACAGACACAUUUUAAAAAAUAGGCUUUUUGUUUCCAUUUCACUUGCAUUUGGGUUUCUUCCUCAGAAGGAUGAAAGGUCCUUGGCAAAGUUGGUUUUCAGUCAACUGACCAUAGAACCAAUUCUUAGAGAUGAAUUCCCAGCCCAAGAUGACAUGGAAUGGCUUGAGGUUCAGCAAACGUUUCAGAGACCCCCGUGUUUGUACUUCUCGGUGGGAAGACAGAACAACAUCCAUGGCAUUUGUUGCUCCCAGAAACACUCACCAGUCGUGGUGAGAGGGACAUGUGGGAACUUGUGAAUUUGGAAUGAAAAUGAGAUUUAGGGGAAACAUGUGACCAGGUGAUUGUUUUCUUGAAGACUAGAGUUUUGUGUUGUUUUGUUUUCCCUUUCUUCUGGCAGCCCCAUCUGGAUCAUUUCCUUCUCUCACCUUCCCUGCAAAGUAAGAUGGUGAGUGCUGGAGCCCAGAACUCAGUUACCCUUCAGUUAAAAUGAGUCAAAUGAAAAGCAGAGCAACAACAACAAAUCCUUCCCCAAUCUUUAACAACCUUAACUUGUUAAGUUGUUUAAGUUUACUUACCUUGUGAUUGAGGUAUGGAUCAGCCAUAGAUUAAGGUUUUCAGUCUCUCUACACACGCUAUUGAUCAGGACUCUUCUUGAACAUCAGUUAAACCCAGAAAGUGUUAAAAUGGACAUUGGAGGAAACAUGGAUCAUAUUUUUACAUUAUUUUUACAUUUUCUCCCAGAAGGAAUAAAUGUUUACUGCAAAACAUUUAGAAACUACCAGUAACCAAACAGAAGGGAAAUAUCUGAAACGCUUCAAUUAUUGUUUCAUUCAGUGGAAACUAUUUGUUCAAUGCUGAACCAGUGAGGACCAGUUGCAGAGAUCCCUCUGGAGUUGCACACUUGACAAAUCUGGCACCUAUGUAUGUUUUAUACAAAAAAAAGUCCUAUUAGCUUUGGAACGCCUCUUUGCUGGUUUAAUUUGUCAUUGACUAAACUCAUCAUUGAUCAUUAGAGUGCCACUAGGAAGGAAAAGGCAGUCAACCAUUUGGAUGUUUUACUUUCACAUCACCAAGCCAUUGGCACACCUGGGCAUUUGGGUGAGAUAAAGAGAAUACUCAGAGAAGCAUCCAGAUUAUUGGCUGGGUUUUUCACAUGGGGCAUCUUUGUGACACAUACCUUGAGAAUCAGAAGGAUCCAUUUCCAUUUUCCACAUUCCUAGUGCAUCUAAAUAACACUUGAAUUUGCCAUGUCUAGUUACAUAAAUUUAAAGACAGGCCCAUCUCUCUCCUCCUCCUCUUCCUCCCCAGCUCACCCAUGGAACUGGAAAACUCACAGAUCAUGACCCUGAACCACAGGAUGAGAAAUUAAAUGCUUAUGGCCAAAAUGGCCUAUUUUCACAGGUUUUAAGUUAAAUGUUGUAGAACUUUAUCCCCCCCCUUCCUCAUGUAUAGUAAAGCUGGGUUUAUUUUGAUUUUCCUAAAUUAUUUUCUGAUACAAUAAACUGUUAACUGUUUAUUUAUACUUUUACAUGGA